AUGCGCAUCCUAAUCGUCCCCGCCUCCCCCAAAACCUCCCGCGCCACUAUCCAAGCCCUCCUGCGCAGCCCCAACAACCCAAACACACCAAUCCAGAUCCGUGGCCUCUACCGCAAUCUCGACCGCAUCCCGGCGGAGUUCCAGGAUAAGGAUGAUUCCAUCUUCGAGCCCUACCGCGGCGACCUCACCGUUCCCGCCACUCUGAACUUCCAUGGCUUCGACACCGUUUUUUUUGUUCUCCCGCCCUGCUUCGAUGGGGGUCAAUUGACUGAGUGGGCGACGACCGCGUCCACGAAUAUCCGGCUUGCAAUCCAGCGCUCGGGGACCGUAAAGCGGUUGGUGUUGUUGUCGAGUAUGGGGGCGGAGUUGGAAGGGGGAACGGGCGAGAUCAUGACAAACCACAUCUCCGAAGAAAUCCUCCGCGACGCAGCAUGCGAGGUUGUCAUCAUACGCUGUGCGUAUUUCAUGGAGAAUUGGGCGACCAGUCUGCCAACUGUCCGGCAAAAGGAGACGCCGUAUCUGGAGACGGUGAUCACGCCGGUGGAUUUCGCGGUGCCGAUGGUUGCAGUUGAGGAUAUCGGAGUCAAGAGCGCAGAGUGUAUUCUGUCAACCGAGAGGAAAGAGUCUAAGCCGUAUGUGAUUGAGCUGCACGGUCCCCGGGAGUAUGCGUCGGUGGAUGUGCGGCGGGCGUUCGAGAAGGUACUGGGUCGUGCGGUGGAGUUGAGGCCUGUGGAGAAGGAGAAUCUGACGGAGUACUUUGCGGGGUUCUUGCCGGAGGCAGCGGUGGGGCCGUUUGUGGAGAUGACGCUGAGUUUCCUGCCAGGGGGUGUGAUGCAUAAUGAUUUGGGGAAGAAGGAAGAGGUGCGGCUGAUGAGGGGGAGGGUGGAGUUGGAGGAGGUCGUGGCUGGGUUGGUGAAGGGGGAGGAGGGGGAGUGA